AGCAAGUGACAAUUGCUCAGUUUGUUUUGAUCGGUCUAGCUUGAACGGUUGGAAUAAUUCUUUUCUUUGAUCCAGGGAAUACUUUCAUUUGUUUCCGAAAUGAUUAUAUUUUGUGCUGUGAGGGGAUGUUCGAACAAACUAUGCCUUACGAAGGGCAUUACAGAAAUUUCAUACCACAAAUUUCCAAGCCAUCCGGAUUGUUUGGACCAGUGGAUUCGUUUUUGUGGGUGGCACGAUGGAUGGAAUCCUCGGCCAAAUCAGGGCAUUUGCUCAAAACACUUCAACCAAAGUUGCUUCGGUGGACAAUAUAAGAUGCGGCGCAAGUUAAAAAAUAGAGCAAUUCCCAGUAGGAAACCUGGAACAGACGUCAAAGAUAUUACAAAAAAUGGACAGGGUCCAAGUAAAGCAAAAACUGCAGAAAUCGGUCAUACAAAACAUCCAGACAUAGUGACGGAAGAACAUAUAAAAACUGAAGAUGAAUUUAGUCAAAUUGAUGUGGAAUCUGAGGCAGCCCAGCAAACUGAUACGAAUUUGUGCAGGGUUUGUCAGUCGGAUUUACUACCUGAUGCAAAACAUUUGCUUGAGCCAGCAGUGGCAAGAAAAUCUUACGCAGAUGCAAUCGGAGAAAUACUACAUAUUCAGGUGUUCUGCGAUGGUGACGCAAACAUGCGUAUUUGUGAAAAAUGUAGUAGUUUCAUUAAAGAUCUUUAUUCCUUUGCAAAAUUAUGCCGAGAUUCAUUAACGGAAAUGAAGUUACCCCAUAGCAAUUUAAAUACAGUAAGCCAAGAGCUGUCGGAGUUGGAGAAGGAGAAGGUUCUAGAAAUCCAGAUUGAAACGAUUGAUACUCAUGAAACCCAAAGUGAAGCAUCUUCACAAUUGGAUCCAAAGCGAGUCAAAUCCGUCGAUCCAAAGCAGUGUGAUAUUUGUGGUGUUUUCAUCAAACAAGAUUUACAACUGCACAAGAAGACGCACUUCAACGUAUCAGUCAAAUGUGAUGUCUGCGGAAAAACCUACUCGAACGCUCGUCAGCUGCAGGUGCAUAUGAAUGUACACACGAAAAACAUUCCGUAUCCAUGUCAGUUUUGUGACAAGGUUUUUUAUGUCUGGAGAUCACAGAAAGAUCACGAGCAAACGCAUUUGGACAAAAUUAACAAUGUUGAGCAUCGUUGCACUGAGUGCGACAACGUUUAUGCUACUAAAAAGCAACUCGAAGUUCAUUUCAAAUUGAAGCACUUGGGAAUUCGGAAAUACGCCUGUCAGCACUGCAACUUCAAAACCAAUCUAAAGGAUCGCUUAUUGCAUCACGUCCGAGCCACCCACACCGAUAAACGACCUUACGGUUGCACGGUCUGUGAUAAUACGACUAGUAAUGAUUCCAACCACUACAUUCACUUCAAACGGCACAAGAAAAAAGGCGAAUCAACUGAGUACCAGAUUAAGUGUGCCUACUGUGGGAAAGUUUUCACGAAAGAUGCUGUUUUUGAAAUGCAUUUGGUUGAUGAUCACCCGGAAGAAGCUGUUAUUGUUUAGUUAUGAAAUAAAGUUUCUAAAUACAACAUUGAGAUUUGAUUGAG